AUAUUUCUGACCUACUACUUUUAGGUUAUGUUCAAAUAAUAUGAAAACAUGCUGAAAAUAAUCUCUUUUUGUAAUAAACCGCAAGUUUGUAAGUUUUCAAAUCUAAACAAACAAUUAAGAACAUUUCUGUCGCCCGCCUAUUAUUGCAAUGAACAUUGGGAACAACGUCUUAACUCACCUAUAUUACAGAAAGUUAAUGUUGAAGAACUUUACAUUGAUUUAGAGCAAAGAUAUUCAAAGACCAAACAAAUAAGUGCCGUAGAUGUAGACAUAUUCGUAAAUGCAGUGAGGGAUAAAGAGUUCAACGAUGAAAUCCUCGAUGUAAUGCACAAACUUAGGUUAAGUGCAGAGACAUGGAAAACACUUGAUUCCUCAGCACAUGCUGUUAUUAGAACUCUUCUCAACUCAGGAUUAAAAACGGAGUUAAUAAAUGUGAUAGACGAUCGUUUAAAUUAUGGUUUAUUCUUGGAUAAUUACACUGCAAACUUAUUGUUGGACAUAUUUUGGAAGGACAAGGAUUAUUUAGCUGGCACCAGGGUAGCUAGUCAAAUAAUGCUUCAGGAGGAAUUUGGCACACCUUUGACAGAUAGUUUAUGUCUAUUGCAUUGCUAUAAAUACCUGAAAGAUCCAAAAGAAUGGCCUAAAUAUGAACUGGAACCUGAGCCAGAAGAAGAAGUCAAAGUAAGAGUUAAAUACUUGAGGAAUCCUUAUGAUGAUGAACAUUUUGAUCUAAGAGAUUCUAAUAAAAUCAUAGGAAAGACUCUGAUUGGUUUGACUAAGGGUAAAGAAGAUGUUUUGAAUAAAUCAUUCAAUAUUUUGGGAUUGAGUUUGUUUGGCAAAAAGGAGGAGGCUUUGAAUGUGGCUACAAGUUUUGGAAAACCUUUAUGUAAUGAAAUAUUGGCAUUAAUACCUGAAGACAGCAAAAUAGAUGUUAAAACUGAAAGUUUAGAAGUAGAUCAGUUGUUGAUAAAUGAAGUAACAAACAAUGUAAGUAAAUAUUCAGAAACUGACAUAGUCAAACAAAAAGAUUUAUUUUCACAAUGGGAAAAUGAUCGAUUAAAUGCCUUGGAAGAACAGAAAAAACGUUAUGAAACAAAUAAGAGGCUGGAGAAUAUCAAGGACCUUCAGGCUGCCAUCAAAGAGAAAGAGACCAAACUUUGGUUCUUUGAAAAUGAGGAACAAAUUGAGUUAGGUAUUUUAGCCAAGAGAGUCUAUUAUCCAAAGAGAUGGUUUGGCAAAAAGAAAAAACCCAAGAAGAUUGAUGAAUGUUACAUACCACCUGAAAUUAGGAAUCAAGUUGGUUUUACGAUGCCUGAAUCCUCUGAUAUAUCUGCCUCCGACUGGUCCGACGCCACCGAAUCUAAAAAACCCCACAAGUGUAGUUUUAGUUGGUGCAAAGCUGCCUAUUCGAAAGCAUGGAAGUUAGUGGUUCAUAUGAGGAAACACUCUGGAGAAAGACCAUUUGAAUGUGACAUAGAAGGUUGUAAAAAGACAUACACAAAUGCAGCCCAUUUAAAACGGCAUAAAGUUCUCUCACAUGAGAAGGGAGAUGAAAUUGUCUGUGAACAUGAAGGUUGUGGAAAAGUUUUCAACAAUAGGUACAGUUUAAGGAAACAUAUUAAUAUAAAACAUAAGGAUGGAGGAGCUUUUGUUUGUUCUGAAUGUCAUGUGAAGUUUGACAAGAAGAAACAACUCCAAGAGCAUUUCUAUGUGCACACUGGAAUAAAGCCUUUCAAAUGUGACCUCUGUGAAAAGGAAUAUGCCACUGAAAGGGAAUAUAUUAAGCAUAAAAGAAAUCACAAAACUUAUGAAUGUGAAUGUGGGGAAAUAUUUAGUAGAUGGACUCUGUAUUUAGCUCACAGAAGAGAAGUGUGCAAGCCAGUGUAUAAAUGUAUAAUUUGUGAUAAAUUACUUUCAUCAACUUCUUCACUAAAACAACAUUCUUUAACACAUGUAGAGGAGAGUAAUAAGAAAAAAUUUGUGUGUGAAUAUGAGGGUUGUAGCAGGUCCUAUGACUACCAAAAGAACCUUACUCAACAUAUAAAUUUAUAUCAUUUAAAGAAGUUUAAAAUUGAGAAGUGUCCUUAUGAUAAUUGUGGAGCUGAAUUAAAAUCAAGGAGGAAUUUAAAACAGCAUAUAAAAAUAGUUCAUGAAACAGUGAAAGUACCCAAACCCAGGAAACCUAGAUGUGACAUAGGUAUUAAGAAAAAACCAAUGAUAUCUGUACUCACAGGAAUUGAUGUUUCAAAGGAAGAGAAAAGAUCGAUACUGCAAGAGCUUUCAAAAGUACCAAGGGAAAUGAAAAAAGUGAGGGAAAUUGAAAAAGAAAAAAAAUUAAAAUACAAAAAGCACAUGAAAGGUCAGAAACACAUUUCAAAAAAAAUUAAGUUAAAUGACUUAAGUGAUGAAGAAACUACAAAAACUCCAGAAGUUAGUGAUGAAUUGGAUAAACCUGUUGAAAGUAAAACAAAAAAAGUGAAAAUGACAAAGGAAGAAAAAGAAGAAGAAAUGAAAUUCCAACAAUUUAUGAAAAAACAGAAAAUUAAAUUGUCAGAACUAAAAAACGUUAGUAGUUCACAAGUUGAGACAAUGAAAACUAAUAAUGAAACUAAUCAAAUUUCUUCUUCAACUGUAUCCAAUGAGUUGCAAACUGAUAAAACUAACAGUGACAAGGAUGAACAAGAUUUAAAAUUAAUUCAAUUUAUGGAAGAGUAUAGAAUGAAAAUAAAAGAGAGACAAGGAAAAUUAGUUGAUUUAUUAGAACCCAUAAAUGUUAAAAAUAAAACUAACAAUAAUAAAAAGAUAAUUUCAAGAAGAAAAAGAAAAUCAUAUUCAGAAUCCUCAAGUGAUUCAGAUUUUGAUGACUGUUCUUGGAAAUCUUCAGAUAGUGAGGAAAUAUCAGAUUUUGAGGAACUCCCAGAUAAAGAUUCAAACCCAGAAAAAAUUGAAGAUUGUUGUGUUGAAGUUGAUUGAUAAUUGAGAAAGUUGUUGAUAUUUCUUCCAAUAAUUUAAUUUACAUGAAACAAGAUAUCUUGUUAAACUUAAGUGUCCCAUAGUAAAUAAUUUUUAAUAAUAUUUUAUAAUACAGAAUUUAACAAACAUUA